AACGAUCUAAAUGUUUCCAAAAAGAUCAUUUUUAAUCAGUCUGAACGCAUUCUGCUUAAGGUAGCUCCAGAAAAUAAACGAAGGAUUGAACGUUGGCCAUGCAAUCCUACAGAUUUCAGAGAGGUAUUAGACGAAUACUCAGCAAUAAUGAAGAGUACAUCACGAUUUCUUCUAAAGGCAAUGGCAAGAUCGCUGAAUUUAGAAAAGAAUUGCUUCUUGAAUGCGUGAGAUGAAGAAUUGAUAGGAGCGAGGUUUAAUUACUAUCCAGAAGCUGCAAGUUCAGACAUAGUUGUAGGAGCUGAAGCUGUUCGGAUGGAUCAGGAAUAUUCGGAUGGAUCAGGAAUAACAAUUCUCUUGCAGGAUAAAGAAGUGGAAGGGCUUCAGGUUCUGAAAGAUGGUCAGUGGUUCAGAGUUGCCAUACUGCCUGAUGCAUUAUUUGUCAAUGUCGGGGACCAGUUGCAGAUAAUAAGUAAUGGAAUCUUCAAGAGCCCAAUGCAUAGGGUAAUAGUGGAGUCAAAGAAGGAAAGAAUAUCAGUGGCAGCCUUUCACUUGCCCAAAUAUGAGGUAGAGAUCGGACCGGUUCAGAGCCUAAUGGAUGAAAAUAGACCUCAGCAAUAUAUGAGACUUAAGGAUUAUCGUGGAUUCUAUUAUGACAGCCUUUUUCAAGGAAUUGCACCGCUUGACUUGGUCAAACUUAAUCCAUGAAUUCUCCUAUUUUUAUAUGUUUUGUUCUAAUA